AUGUCACCGCUCACCAUCGAAACGAUGAUCCCUUCUCGAGGGGUAAAUCGGACUUUCCCCCCUAUUCCGUUCCGCCCGAGCAUUCCCUCGUCCACGCCUCCUCCUUCCCCUUCCCCUUUCUACCCAAACGAGCAGAGAAAAAAAUCCGGCGAAUCGGACCUAGGGUUUUGCCCCCCGUCGCCGCCGAUGAAGGGCGGCCGCCUGCACCGCCCGGAGCCGCCGGCCCCUCACGCGGCCGCGGCCGCGCCCGCCCCUGCCCCCGCGCCCGCCGACGACUGGGUGGACGGCUCCUGGACGGUGGACUGCUCCUGCGGCGUCACCUUCGACGACGGCGAGGAGAUGGUCAGCUGCGACGACUGCAGCGUCUGGGUGCACACGCGGUGCGCGCGCUACGUCCGGGGCGUGCACACCUCCUUCUCCUGCCACAACUGCCGGCACAAGCGCGCCCCCUCCUCCGCCGACGAGACCGAGGUCGCCGAGCUCCUCGCCGAGCUGCCCACCCACCGCCCGCCCCCGCUCUACCGCAGGUGGGCUGAGGUCCCGCUCCCCGCCCGCGUCCACGUCCACGGCCUCCCCGGCGGCGGGGCCGACGCCUCCCUCUUCCGCGGAUCCCCGCCCUCCGCCGCCUUCUCCGCCGCCCUCUGGCGCUGCGCCGGCUACGUCCCCAAGAAGUUCGGCUUCCGCUACUGCGAGUUCCCCUCCUGGGCCGAGGACAAGGACAAGAGGGCCGAGGACAAGGACGGCGCCGACGCUCUUUUCGCCAUGGCCAGGGAGAAGCGGGAGGAGACGGCGCCCGUGCCAGUGCCAGCGCCGGCGGCCAGAUUAUCCCUCCCGAUUGGGAAUAAGGGAAACAAGAAUGCUCAAACCCUAAGCAAGAAGGCUGAAGGCGCAAAAGAGGUUCCUCCUCGGACAGAUGCCAAGACAAAAGGAGCAUCCAAGAUCGCCACAGAGGCUGAUACACGGGAUAAUGGGUUUGAGUCGAAAGGGGAUCUUAACAUGCCUGAUGUCAGGCAUAACGAUCAGCUUGCCGACAUUACCAUGGCCAAUUCUGAUUUUAAAGUGGUUGGUGAAGCCAAUAAGAAGAUGAAGGAAUCCUUGGAACUGAGUGGGGAGAAGAGGAGUUCUGAGGGAACUACAAGGAUGCUGAAAAAGGACGAACAUAAGGAGUCUAUUAAACUGGAGAUCUCCUCUGGAGGUAAAGCUACAUCAGCUGUGGCAGAACAAGAAGCACACUCACGUUUUGUCAAGGCAGAGGUUAGCAUAUGUAAGAAACACAUUGAAGGAAGCCAUAAUGUGGGCUUACAAUCCGGCAUAGUGAAUGCAGAAAUGGAUGGAGGUACGCGUAUCCAUGCUGGUUCCAAGAAAGUGCACGUGGGUCUUCAGAAACAACCAAAUCAAGCUUCUUCAAAUCUGCAGGAUCGUGAGAGAACAAAGGCUACCCAGUUCAUUAAUGAUGAGCAUAGGAGCGAUAAUCAAGGUCAAGGGAUUGGUGCAGGUUCUUUGACCACUCAAAGAAGUUCAGCCAAGUCUAUCUCUGAUUCAGGCUCUGAUCUUCUAAAUUCCGUGACAAAAAGUCAGAUGCACACAAUACCUGAGCAAAACUCAGCUUUAGGUACUCAGAAAGUUUGCACAGCCUCUUCUGGUCCUACACAUUCCCAUGUUGAGAUAUCACACUCUUUAGUUUCAGCGGAACCAUCAUCAGGAGGGAAGACUGGCCGUUUAAUGAAAAAGGAACAGACGAGGUUGGUUACUCCCGCUGAUAGCAAACAUGAUUCUGUAAAGCAUUCUGCUGAGAGUUCCAAAGAAUUUAGUAGGUCCUCUGAGAAAGUUCAACUGAAAGGCUCCCUUUCUUCUGCACCAAAAUCAUCUCAAACAAGCAAAUCAAAUGUGCCUUCAGCCAAACUUAGAGUACCGGCCUCAAAGGAGCAGUCACAAAAGACACCUAUGACAGCUGGCACCACAGCAAGAUCAUUCCAUGGAGAAGUGCCACCAUUGCAUUCUCGGAACAAGGCAAUGCCUUCCAAUUUAUCCCAGAAAAAAGACAAGACCCAUCACCGCUUUGUUCAUGUCACACAAGAGGGCCCUACUAAUUCAGCAUCAACUGAGUUGCGAGCCUCUGAUGCGACAUCUUCAUUGAGUGAUGAACAGCUGGCCUUGUUAUUACAUCAACAAUUAAAUAGCUCCCCAAGAGUACCAAGGGUGACACGUGGCCAACAAACAGGUAGCCAGAUGCUACAUCAAACUGGAGCGUCUGUUUUUUCCAAGCGGUCUUCAGCACAUGGAGGAAGGGAUCAAACACCGGUGUUAAAGAAGAGAAACAAAGAUGAUGCCGCAUUGAGAGAUAAUGGUGACAACAAGAGGUCAGGAAAGGUGUCUCUUGUUGAACGAAGGCAUAAAGAUUAUAGCACCGAACGUACUCCUUCUGUGAAGGACUCAUGCAGAUUAGCUGACAAUGCAGAAUUGGAAGAGCAAAAUCAUGGUAUGUGUUCAAACGAAGCUACCACUGGGUUAGAAAAGGACGAUCGGAUGGAUAACGGUCUUCCGCGCAGUUUACCUGGAUUCAUUGAUGAGAUCAUCAGUAGGAACAGAAAUAUAACAUAUGACGAACUGUGUGAUGCUAUCGGUGAGCAUUGGAGGGAUUUAGUUAAACCCAAAGGAGAAGAUUAUUCAUAUUCCAGCUUUUUGCAUGCUGUUGAUGAUUGUCUCAGGACAAAGAGCGAGUGGGCUCACCUUGUUUACCAGGCUCCAAAGGUGAAUCCGAAUAAACGACGUAAGGUGGAAAGCGACCCUUCGUCGGCUGAUGCAAUGGAAACCGAGAAGACAAGAAACCAGGCUGAAAGAUAUCCGGGAGAAGAGGGUAGUUCCGAGUCGCAACAAGGUCUGCCAAGGGGCAAACGGAAGGGUCGGAAGCGCUCCAGUCAUGUAAUGAAAUCCUCGGGUUCCAAGAAGAGGAGGAAGAUAACGAACAUGGAUUCAUCCUCAGAGGAUGCUGCUCCCCCCUUGUCUAAUUCCAGCAGCAACCCCAUGGUUGAUGAGAGCCAAGAGGAUGAUUCUUCUGGCGGUGAUAGGCAACCUAACUUUGCGGGUUCAUAG